AUGAGCCAUCUGCAUUGGACAUUUUACCCCUUCUCGUUUAAUUACUCAAAUGAUACACUUACUAUACCUGACAGAGGUUACAAUUCAUUGAAUGAGAAUCUUCUGACUUUGUACGUUUUGCUCGGAGAAAAAGGGAUCACUGUUCUUCAAACACUGACCGACGAUAGUUUAAAGAAGGGAAGCACUCUGGAAAUUAAACGAUCCGGAGAUUUGAGAAGGUGA